CAGCAGCUCUUGGGGCGCCUGGCUGGCUCCAUUGGUGGAGGCAAAGUGGCUCUUGAUCUCGGGGUUGUGAGUUGAAGCCCCAUGUUGGGUGGAGAUUACUUAAAUAAAUAAAGAAAAAAAGUCAGCAGCUCUUAGCUAGAAGAUGAUUCGGUUUCCCUUUACUUUAUUAUUUUAUUUUUCAUUUACUCCAUGUUUGUUUUUGUUUGUUUUGGCAAAGGGAUUUGGCAGGUGUAAAUUCACAUGGAAAAGUGCCGCACACCCCUCACUCCCCACAAGGGCCACUGGUGGAAUUCAGACCCACCCGUGGCUCAUCGCUCCUGUUUCAGAGUUUACAAAUGGUUGUGGGUGCUGUUUGGCAGUCAGUGAAGGGUGGGAAAACAGACUCGUGGUCACAGAUGUGUGAUUUUCAUCCAUCCCCUAGAUAUCCUUGAAGAUUGCGGGAGCUGAGUGCAGCUCAGGUGGCCCAUUCUCGGGGGGCUGGCGUUGAGCCCCCGUGUUGCGUGUAGAACAGAUGAGCCGUCACCUCUGGACUUGCCUUCGAGCACCACAAAAGAGAAGCGCCACUCCGCGAUGGAUUGGAGAUAAGAGAGCAGAGGAAGCUGCUCGAGUGCGGCGGGGGGAGCGCCCCCCGAGCGGAGCCGUGUGCGCGACGGGCGGGCCGCUGGCUCUCGGAAGCGUCUGGGCUCCAGUCCUCGCUCAGCUCCUUCGCCGCCUCGUUUUCUCAUCUGCAGAGUGGGAGAGCGCUUCGCGAGCCCGUUCAAAGGACCUGGCUCUCGUGGCUGCCCCGAUGAUGCUGCCGCCGCCCUCGGAGCAGGCCCUGGGCCAGCUGCUGGCUCGCAAGGAGGAGGAGUGGAGGGCGCUGCGGGCCCACCGCUGCCAGCUGCAGGAGGCCGCGCUGCAGGACGCGCACAGCCAGCUGCGCGAGGCGCAGGGGGCGCUGCGGCGCCUGCGGGAGGACUUCGUCUACAACCUGCAGGUGCUGGACGAGCGGGACCGCGAGCUGGAGCGCUACGACACGGCGUUCGCCCAGGCCCGGGCCCGGGAGGAGGCGCGGCAGGCGGAGGUGAGCGAGCUGAGGGUGGAGGCGGCCCGGCUGAGGCGGGCGCUGGCCAGCGAGGCCCGGCGGCUGGACGACCUGCAGCGGCGGCACCAGCUGAACUUGGAGGAGCACCGGCUGGAGCUGGAGCGCGCGCACAGUGAGAAGAACGGUGAGAUCGACCAGCAGCGGGAGCAGUAUGAAAACCUGAAAUGGAGGCUGGAGAGGAAGCUCGAGGAGCUGGAUGGUGAACUUGCUCUGCAGAGGCAGGAGCUGCUGCUGGAGCUGGAGUCCGAGAUGCAGAAGAGGGAGCACGAGUUCCGCCUGCAGGCUGACCGCAUGAGCAACGAGGUCCUGACACGCGAGCUCAAGGUUAAACUGUUGGACAAGGAGCUCGCGGCCCUGAAGGAAGCUGCAGCACAGGCCGCGGAGUCGCUGCGGAGCGCCGAGGCUGCGAACUCGGAGCUGCGGGACCAGCUGCAGCGCGGCGGGCAAGAGCUCAGGGACCUGGCGGCGGCCAAAGACGCACGGAUCAGGGACUUAGAAGGCCAACUUCACUCGGAGCAGCAGGCCAGGAAGAAGGAGGAGGAGGCGUUCAGGAGGAAGCACGAGGCGCUGGACCACCUGGCCAGGGAGAAGGACGCAGUGCUGGCGGCUGUGAAGGGUGCCCAUGUGGAGCAGCUGCAGGCGCUGGAGGCCAGGGCGCUGGAGUUGCAGGCCCACGGCGACAGCCUCGAGCUGCAGCUCCGCGGGGCAGAGCGGAGGCAGGCCGAGGCCUUGAAGGAGAAGGACGCCGCCAUGGACAAACUUCGUGAAGAGGCGUCGGCUCUAAAAUCGGGCUGGGAUGCCCAGGUCGCCCAGCUGUCCAAGGACCUGAUCUCCAAGGACCUUCGGAUUCAGGCGUUGCAGGAAGAGGCAGUGGAGCUCAAGGCACAGCUGGCCAGGUGCCAGCAGGACGUCGGAAGGUAUAAGCAGCAGCUGCUGGCGGCGGCGGAGCGGGAGCAGUGCCUGGAACGCGACAAGGUGCAGCUGGAGCUGGACUGGCGACACCGCUGUGACAGUCGCGAGAGGGACCACUACCGUGCGUCUGAGGACUUGCUGCAGGCUCUGACUGCCGCGCGGGACCAGGUUGCUGCCAAGCUCCAGGAGACAGAGCGGACGCUGUGUGACCAGGAGGUGGUGCUGAAGGCCUUGACCCUUGAGAGAGACCAGGCCGUGCAGGCGUUGAGGACACGCGGACUUCUUCCUGACAAGGAGGUGCUCCUAAGGCAUCGUGAAGAAGAAGUAAGUGAAAGUUUUCCAUCUAGUGAGAUCCAGAGGCUCCAGGAGCAAAACGCAAGCUUACGACGCGCUGUUGCAGAGAUGAGGGAGGAAAUGGAGACCCUGAACGACCAGGUUCUUCCUCCUGAGCAGUCAGGGGGUCAGCCCUCUGACCCCGCACAGCCCCUUCCAAAGGCAGCAGCUGAGGCCACGGCUCCUGAUAACAUCAUGGUCCUCGAAACAGAAAUCAGAAAUCUGAAGCAUAAAUUUAAAACCCUGGAAGGACAGGUAGAAGAUGUGUUAGAUCCUUCGAAGAUGUCCUCAUCUCACUCUGACGUUCAAGCCAGCGUCCACAUCUUGGCUGAAGUGCCUGGAGGAGCCAUGCCGGCCGAUGGCACACCCAUGGAUCUAGCGCUCGGGAGGCUCAGAAACAGGACAUAUCUCCUGAACUUCCUGGUGGCCCGGCUCAGGCAGAAGGUGCUGCAGAAACCCCUGGGCGCGGACACCGUCCAGCACAAGCUGCCCCACGAGGUGGGCCAAGUGCACCUGGAGGCUUUGGAGCUGCAGAAGCAGGUGGCUGAGCUCGAGGAGCAUAUCGGGAGCCACUGGCGGUUACGCGCCUUGGACCAGGUGGCCCUUGCGAGGCAGGUCCCUGCAGACCAAGGACCCAUGGGGACCAAUGACCAGAAGCCACAGCCCCCGCAGGUGUCGUCUGUGCCCCGACUCCAGAGGAAACUGAAGGAGGCGGCCCGAGAAAUCGUCCGCCUCCGCCUGGAGAAGGAGCAGCUCCUGGAGACAGGAAACAGGCUCCGAGCAGAGCUGGGCCGCGGCCCAGAGAGAGUGCCCUUCGGGACGGUUAGUGAAGGUGUUGAUUUCUGCUUUGAGAAGCCGUGUCAGGCCACACGCAGCCGCGGGACGUCUUGUGUGCGCGUCACCCCCCACCGCGUGCUGCAGGAGAGAGGGAAACCACCUCAUCAACCGCUGCCCACUCCUGAGGCCUGGAACCAGAGUGGAGCACCCUUGGGGCAGGUGAAGCCCCACUCUGCAGCUCAGCAGGGCUCUAAGAGCGCCGAGAUAGAACGUUCCUCUGGACACCCCGGGGAGGCCCGGCCCCACCUGGCCCAGAGCGUCAGCAGAAGGUCCAGUCCGCCAGGCUGCACAGCAGGAGCUGAGGCCGGGUCGGGGCAGAGGCAACACGGGAUCUCCAGGGCGACUUACAGAUCAGCUCGGCAGAAGGAAAGCCGGUCCCCAAAGCCACACCUGGCUCAAGAAUCCCGUGAGGAAAAGAGCCACCACACCCGAAGCUCCUCAUCACCAGCCAGUGGUCCCCUCCGGGACACGUGGAAGUUACUGGACCUGGGAUCCAGCCCCUCCGGCCUCACGUCCCAGGACGACUCUGUGCCAGAGCUCACAGCACCUCCAGCAGCCGACAGCCUCGGACACCCUGACGGGAGCCCCGUGGGCGCACAGGCUGCCCUUGCCAUCAAAGGGGUGAAGACAGAAGCCCAGGCCAAGGCCAGGCCCUCCAGAACUGCCAGGGCUCACCCUGCAAAAACUAAAUGCUGCCAGAGGCCCCCCAAGAUCCGUAACUACAACUUAAAGGACUGAGUUCCCCUGUCGGAGCUUGGGGCCCCAAGCUUCGAUCACGCGGCAGGGGUGUGAGUGCGCAAGCAUCCAUGUGUGCACGAGCGUGGGGUGCAGGCAGAGAGCUUCGGAGCAGGCUCCCCAGAGCCACCGAGGUGCCCCACUGACCAGCCUGGAGCCAUUAAAGCCCGUGCCUCCCGUGC